UCCCUUAUCCACAAACUGGAAAAAGAAGUCAAAACCAAUCCGUAACAAUGGCCACUUGGCUCUCUCUUUCAAACUUCAUCUCCUUCCUUUCGCCUUCCAUUCCUCUACCACCACCACCACCACCGUCGCCACCACCACAAACUCUGAACAACCUUUCACUCUCAUCCCAUAAACCCAAAAACACUCAGCUUUCACUGUCAGCUCAAGAGGAUCAUCAAUCUCCUUCAGCAUCCACUGAACUCCCUUCUGUUAUAUGCCCUUCUCUUGCAUAUGCAAACACCCUUUUCUUCAAAUCAGGAUAUAAUGUUCAGGUCAUCGUGGAUGAAAACGAGCCCGAAGAAAGGUUGCUCAACAGGUUCAGAAGAGAGGUGAUGAGAGCUGGUGUGAUUCAAGAGUGCAAGAGAAGACAGUACCAUGAGAACAAGCAAGAUGAGAAGAAACGUAAAUCACGCGAGGCUGCUAAACGUAACCGUAGAAGACGUCCACAAGCAAGAUACUCGCAACAGAGCAAGCAGGAGGAAUCUGCGAAGAAGAAGGAUGAGGAUGAUGAUGAUAACUGGGACAUGCCUGAUGGAGACCUUCCUUGAUGAACCCAUUUUGCCAAAUCUUUUUAUCUUUGAUUCUAUGGGGAUUUUCCCUCUUGUAAUUUGCAUUCGGAUGGACCCUGCCACUUGAAUCGCUAUGUCAAUAUACGAGUAAAUGAAAUAAAAUGUUCAUCCCUAUGGUGUAAA